AUGCCAAUCGAUCUGACGGAAUUCACCGAUGAUAACAACAAUGAAAAAAAUUCGAUAAACGAAAUUGUGGAAGCAAUUACAAUGAUCGACGAUCAGAAGAUAGGUUAUUGUAGAUAUGGUGGAGGCAAAUAUAAUAUGUUAUUCAUUUGUGGAGGUGUCGGUUGCUAUAAAAAAGACUUUCCGGGAAAAGUGCUGAAAGCUUUUAAUCCUUUGUUUUGUUCGAUAGUCUGCAUUGAUCCACCUGGCUAUGGUACCAGUCGUCCACCCAACAGGCGACAAGAAGUGAAUCGAUGCAUGAAAGAUGCACCAUUCUGCAUCGAACUUAUGAAGGAAUUAAACCUAAUACCUUUCACAGUAUUGGGAUGGAGUGAAGGUUGUCGAACAGCGAUUCACGUAGCUGCACGUGGAAAGCAAUUUGUCAACAAUAUGAUAUUACUUUCUGCAGCUACUCGUAUUGAUUCACGUGCUGCACGUAUUACUUAUGGUAUGCGUAACACAGAUCAAUGGUCACCGGAUACUAUGGAACUAUUUUUGCCAUAUUAUCCUGUAGAAUUUGUAAAGAAACAAUGGAUGGAUUUAUGUCAUGUAAUUCAGCAAGUUUAUGAAUUGCUUGGUGGUCGUUUUCCAUCAGAUCACAUAUUGCCAACCUUAAAAAUUCCCGUACUAAUUCUAAAUGGUGGCAUGGAUAAAUUUUGCAAUGAUCCGAAAUAUUUUGCAAAUGUUAUUCCCAAUUGCAAACUUGAUAGUCAUUUUCUUGGUGGCCAUGAUUUUCACAUCACAUAUCCACGAUGGUUCGCAGAACGUGUUUUGACAUUCCUUACAGAUUCCGGAAAUUUCCGUCCGUUACAUUGA